CCCAGGACCUCAUUCCACGUAGACUACUCAUGAUGGCCGACCAAACUACUUGUUUCCUCAUCCUCUUUUUUCUAGCAUUGCUUCUCAUGUCUAGUUUAAGUACUGAUGCAAAAAUUCUCAACAUUACCACAGAUCAAUCUGCUCUUCUUGCCUUGAAAGCUCAUAUUUCUUAUGACCCUCACCAUAUUUUGUCAACAAAUUGGUCCUCCAGUACUUCAAUUUGCAAUUGGGUAGGUGUCACCAAUGGUUCCAGACAUCAUCAGGUUACAACCUUGAAUCUUUCGAACAAUGGUCUUGUAGGAACCAUUCCUCCCCAUAUAGGAAACCUUUCAUUUCUUGUCAACCUAAGCAUCUGGAACAAUCAUUUUCAUGGCUCAAUGCCAAACGAAUUGUCUCAUCUUUAUCGCUUGGAACUCUUGCAUAUCGGAUACAAUGAAUUCAGUGGAGAAAUCCCGUCAUGGAUAGGAUUGCUAACCAAACUUCAAUUUUUAAUUCUUGUAAUCAGCAAUUUCGAAGGUACUAUCCCAUCAUCUCUAUUUAACAGUACAUCUUGAUUGCAAGAAAUUGUACUUGAAGAUAAUCAGCUUUGGGACUCCAUACCAUCCUCUAUCUUCAAGAUCAUGUCGACCUUGAAAUUAAUUUCUCUCGCAGAAAACAAGUUUUCAGGUCCAAUUCCCUCCAUUUUCUUCAACAUGUCUUCACUGCAAUAUAUUGAUCUUAGCAAUAAUAAGUUAUCUGGUACACUACCACCAGAAGUAGGGAACUUAACCAUGCUUACAGAUUUAUACCUUGACAAUAACAACUUCGAAGGUAGUCAGCUCCCAUCCUCUUUGUUCAAGUGCAAACAGCUGCAAUAUUUAAACUUGUCUUCUAAUAAUUUCAAAGGAAAACUAUUUCCCGAAAUAGGGAACUUAACCAAGCUCAUAGAUUUAGAUCUUGGCUACAACAACUUCGAAGAUAGUCUCCCAUCCUCUUUGUUCAAGUGCAAACAGCUGCAAUAUUUAAGCUUGUGGUCUAAUAAUUUCAAAGGAAAACUAUUACCCGAAAUAGGGAACUUAACCAAGCUCACAGUUUUACAGCUUCCCUACAACAACUUUGAAGGUGCAAUACCAAGUGAAAUUGGUAAUUUGCAGAACCUAGAGCAUUUCAAUCUUGGAGUUAACGAUUUUGUCGGCACAAUUCCACUGGAGAUAUUCAAUAUCUCAACAAUACAGGAGAUUGGAAUAAUAGACAAUUACCUCUCAGGGACUCUUCCAUCAUAUAUGGGCCUAUUCCUUCCAAGUCUCACAGGGAUUUUUCUUGGGAAUAAUGAACUUCGUGGAAUGAUUCCAGCCUCUAUUUCUAAUGCUUCACAGCUCUUUACAGUCAUCUUGACAAUUAACUCAUUCUCAGGCUUGAUUCCAAAAACACUUGGUAAUUUAAGGCUCCUCCGGUAGCUCUACCUCGGAUCCAAUAAUUUGACUAUUGAAUCUUCAGAAUUGAGUAUUUUUUCAUAUUUUUCAAACAACGCAUAUCUCAAAAAUUUGCAACUAAGUAUGAAUCCACUAAAUGGAGUCCUUUCUAAUUCCAUUGGAAUCAUCUCGACCUUUCUUGAACAACUUGAUCUCACUAGUUACAAUAUUAAGGGCAACAAUCCCAUAGAUAUUGGCAAUUUAAGUAGAUUGACAUAUAUGUCCCUGAGCGGCAAUGAUUUGGCUGGACCUAUUCCAACUACAAUAGGAAGAUUAAGCAUGCUCGAACGUUUGUACCUUUUUGGUAAUAGACUAAAAGGUCCAAUCCCGUGUGAUAUCUGUUACUUAGGGAGAUUGGGAGAGUUAUUUUUAGGUGGCAACUAGGUUUCCGGACAGAUUCCCGAAAGCAUAAAUAAUCUGACUUCAUUAAGAUCUCUCAACUUAGCUUUCAACCAAUUAACUUCAAGGUUUCCUUCGAGCUUGUGGAGGCUGACAGAUCUCUUGAGGGUCGACUUGUCAUCCAAUUCCCUAAGUGGGUCUCCAUCAUUAGAUAUUGGAAAUAUGAAGGUCCUAACAAAGUUGAAUUUAUCAAGAAAUCAACUAUCAGGUCAUAUCCCAGAAACAAUUAGUGGGCUCAUAUCUCUAGUCAAUCUCUGUUUGGCAGUCAAUCAAUUAGAGGGCUCCAUUCCUAUAUCUGUUGGUGGAUUAGUAAGCUUGGAGUUGUUAGAUCU